AUGUCCCUUGCCCUACCGGGUGCAGCCGAACGAACCUCUUACUUUGAACAUGUCUCCGGUGGUAAAGAGACGGACACGACGGCGGAGAUGAGUGACGCGAAAGCCAUUUGUGACCUUGUUGCUCUGCAGUCACAGACCAGAUCUCGUGCAUGGCUUCCGUUCUGCUCACGCCGCGACGGCACGUCGUUUACAGGAUUAGACGGUGGUGAACCUGAUACUAGUAAUGGUUAUAUUAUUCGAUGGGCUACGAACGUUGAAGGCGACGAGGUAUUAGAUGGCUGCGAUAUCCGGGAUUGGGGUACUCGAGCGUUGCGUUGCGGAAACAGUAUGCUACAAAGUGUGAUGAAUGAACCUCCUGGGAGAGAGACUCCGGGCGCACUCAAUACACCCUCACCGAGACUCAACCGGUACUCAAACGUUUAUAUGAGCGCGAAUACACCCAAUAACUGCGUCAGAAUUACCAGCAGUACCAGCGCAGAAUGCGCAGGUGUAAACGAGGCCAGUGAAGACGGGGCCGGUGAAGACGAAAACAUCCAGAACACUGGGCGGAGCGAAUCCAAACUGAUUGAUCCGCCACCACAACUCGUCUAG